AUGCAGGUGGAGAUGAUGAAGUCCUGCGUCUUCCUCCUUCUGGCCGCGCUGCACCUUCCGGGGUGCACAGGGAUCCCCGUGCACAACGCCGAGCUGCAGUCGGCGGCGAGCCGCGGCCUGGGGGCGGCUCUGGCGGAGGUCAACUCCGUGUACGCCGCCAGCCGCCUCUACAGGGCGACCCGGGCGUCCGUGUCAAAGGUGAUUCCCGUGGGCCUGAACACCGUCGACCUGCUGAUGAAAUUCACCAUCAAGGAGACGGAGUGCGCGACAGGCUCGGGAAACGACCCUCAGGCGUGUGCUUUCAGGCCCGGCUUCUUCGUGCCCUCCUUCUCCUGCUCCGCCCGGGUCCGGGUGACGGCGCCCUCGGCCCAGGUGGUCUCCCUCAGGUGUGGCCGAGACAGCAGCUCCAGCAGCUCGGAGUCCAGCGAGGAGGUGGGGACUGUUUGA